GCAGUCCGUGUAGAACAUGGUGUACUAGCCACUUGAAAACUGAUUGGUUUUUCUGGCCGAGCGAGCUUGUGAUUAUCGUUCUUCAACUUUCGUACAUGAGAUGGUAAAUGUCUGCGAUGUGGCACAAUGGUUUCGCGACGCAACUUCGGAUAAACGGCUGGAAGCCCUAUGUCGCCUCAUAGAUUGCUGUAUGCCAUUGGAAUUACGAUUUCUGAAUACGUACUUGGACGAAUUGCUGAGACGAAACUUGAUUGUGAAUCAACACUCGGACUCGAGUAUGCCCGAACUACACGAAAUCACCGAUUCCACUUGCCGUCGGCAACUGUGCUUAAUUCUGACGCGGCUGAAAUCGGCCAACGUUCUAGCCGGUUGUAUAUAUGAUAUUUUGAUACAAUACAAUUUUAGUGAAUUUUUCUCUCGCGUUAUGGUAAUGGAAGAAGAGUUAGUCGACGAGAUUUUAUUAUUAUUCACCUUAGCCGCAAAUCAUCCGGCUAUGACUUUUUCCCAACGUCGCAAUCUGCACCAAAGACUCGUAGACCUACGUGAAACUAUAGAAAAAUCUUUCAAGGUAUCAAUUGUACAAUUUUUUAAACAAUACAGCUUUUCAUUCAAUUUCAUGCAAAUUUUAAAGCACCAGCGUUUGUUGGUAUAAUUUUAUAGCCCACUGGAAUAGCUUAUUUUGACGAAGAAGGGUUGUAAUAAUAAAUAUCUUUCGUACAGGAAGGGCAUAUGGCGAAUAUAUACAUGAAAUCACGCAAGCUCGUAUCGUGUUACUUUCGCUUUGUGUGUGUAUGUGUGUUCGCGGGUAUUGUAUAAUCCCUAUAUUAUUUAAAAUAUUUAACUGUUGCAAAUUUCGUUUGUCAAUAUGCGUCUCUCAGCUGUAUUGUCAUUGUAAGAAAUAUUAUUUGAAUAAGGAUAACGAGAAUUGAACGAUUUCUCUUUGCACCCUAAGCGAACGCAUGAAAUCUUGGACUUAGCCCCGUAGAUGAAAAUAAAUGCAUCAAUGUUGAAAAUUAAAUAAUAUUUUAGAAAUUUACAAUGUUGCAUCUCAACUAUUAUCAUAAAUUUGUAAUCUAGGGCUUUCGUUUAAGUAACUUUAUCAGACAGGUUGCACUCGAGUUGUGACAAUGCUGCCUUUCAUGCUUUCCUAUAGUGUUACCAUGCUACUGAUGUUUGUUCGCAACACAAUCAAGAAUAUAUAUGCAAGCCUCUUGAAAAAUCAAGCACUCGAGAAGUGACGAACUUGAGAGACCAACUGCAGCCAACGGCUGAAACUCUGAAAGCCGAAUUAAAUAUGCAGCCUGCAGACGACGUCGAGAAAACCGAUGUUCCCGCUAACAAAAAUACUUCGGGAGGUAUGUAUCGAUAAAUAUUAAACCCUCUAUAUGGAUUAAGUUACUGUAUGUGUGUAGUAUAGCAUAUAUUCUCUUCGGAUAAUCGGGGCAAACGACUUUUAAUGAAUACUUUACGUAUACAAACACAGUUAAUGCAUUUCUAAUCAUGUACAAGGGGAAUCAAUAUAAGGAUAUAUUUUUAAUUGAAAAUAUUUGACAGAACAUUUUUGUCUGGUCUUAAUUGCCCCGGGGUAACUUCUGUCAACACAAACCAUACGUUCUAUACUCCUAUAUAUAAUAAUAAUUCGCUGCUCUCGACAGCUUAAAAAGCAAACUUCUAUAUGAUGGGCUUGGAUUUCAUCAUUGCAUUUGGUCUUCGUCUAAAACACCUCGUUUUGUUAAACUUUAUAUAAUUGUAGAUACAUUAUACUUCGUUCGGUGUUACGCCUUACGGUUUGAUAGAUCUGAAAGAAUUUUUAAAUGCUCGGUUGGAGCCCUAUUAAACGUGUUCUUUAGUACAUUCUGUACAUGCAAACAAUGCUAAGCGUUUUCUCUCCUUAGCGUUCUCAAAUUCGAAACACGCUUGUUCGUUUUGUGUCCUUGCGCAAAUCGCGAUUAGUUUUAAUCUUCUUUCAUGGAUUACAACAAGAAGCUUUUGUCUCUGUAGACUGUAGUUUUCUCUACGAGUCUGCAUCAUAGAUAUCCAAUAUAUCUAUAUGGUCUGCAUGCACUCAUUGCGAUUUAUUCUUUUAGAUAACUGUAUAAACUGCCGUAGAAAUUGAAAACGUUUGGACUUUCGGGCUACUCGACAUUCGAAGCGAUUUUUGAAUAAAAAAAUUUUUAAUCUUUUCGGGUAGUUCAAAACUCAGCAGCCUCGGACGCUACCUAUAUAUCAGUACGUCCUAAGUUUAUUCACUCACAUAUAUGUCGAUUUGUAAAUUGGCGUGCAAAAGGCCAUAUAUGUGUUUUGACUGACAUGCACGCAAGUAUUGCUUGAUUUUUAAUAGCGUGCCAUUUCUGUUUUGUGUUCCAAUUUGCGUGUGCGGAAAACAACAUUUCGUGGUGGGCUAGAUGCAUUUUACCAUUUAAUUCAUACAGUUAAAGUAUUUUACUAUACAUGUAUAUCUAAGGCACACUAUUUAACUAUUUUGCUCUUUCUAACAACAGAUUAUAUUACUUUGUCUAACACCAGCAUAUAUUGUGCAUCAUGCGCUUUCAAAAACAAAUGAACGCGAUCUUUCUUGUUUUACAUGUAUUUGGUCUUGCAUGCAGCCGCAAGAUGACUGUAAUAUCAAACUCUUAGUCUCUCCCAAGAAGUCAUACACCAAGCAAAUUUACUGUCAGUCUGCAAUAUUUAUGAAGGCUCGGAUCCUCCGAGUAAUGACUUUUUAAAGCGUUCUAAAAUUGGCCGUAAAUUGCAUUUACUCGGGAGUAAACUUUGUGUUUAUAAAUUAAAAUUUCUUUCUAUGAAUUGUAAGAUCAACGGUUGAAAGCAUCGCUAUCCGGUAGCGCAGUCUGGUCUUCGAUACAAAAGCGUUUUACUCUCGCGCGCAAGGACGAUUUUAUACUUUGUGUAGCACUAAAUUACUAGUCCUACGGGCUGUUUAUAUGGUCCCGCUUACCCGCGGGAUUCAAUGAAGUGUGACGUAUUUUGAACAAUUGAAAUAGUAUUACUUUAUCAUCUAACAAAAUUGCUUGUUACAAAUUGUAUGAAAUUCCAUGUUUUAGACAAAAAAACAAAUGUUGUUGAAUGCUAUUAAUCGCCUUCUCCAUUAAUUAUUUAACUUUUGUUUAUGGCUGAAGCUGCACGUAUUUCAAUUGCUCAAAAUACGUCACACUUCACUAUUGAAUCCUGGGUAAGCGGGACCAUAUAAACAUCCCCUUGGCUGUCUAUUUUGCAAUAAAUUUCAUAAAAAAAACCAUCAUUUGCAUUGCGAAAUGUCGCUAAAAAUUAUCUUGGGGCAUCGCAGUUUUUUUCGCGUUUGACGUCUUAUGAGAAAGGUCUAUUAUUCUUUGUCCAAUAGAAAGAUGAUUUUGCUCGGUCUAUACGUCAGACAUUUGUACCCUGUCAAACGUGUCACGCAUGCAUUUAGGCGAUUUUAUUUGCGAAUGCUCUAAAAGUCAAGACUGGGAUGAUAUAUGAUUAAUUUGUAACCUAAGCCUGAAGUUUUGAAGCUCUUUCUUGGAUUGAUGAACAAUGGUUUCUGUAAUUUUCUAUAAAAAAUUAAGCCUUUAAUGCUUACCGUCGUGGUCCAUUAUCAAUGUAGCGAUUGAACGAAAAAAAAUAAUAAAAUGGUACGCGUUGGACGGUUGGCUCCGACUUUAUAAACUUUAUAGUCUGCUAAAUUAUACAUUGUUUAGAAGAUUUAUGUUGAAACGAGUUGUAGUAGAUGAUCUGUCGACUCAUUAUUCUCCUUCCUCGCUAGUGGAGGUGUACAUUGGUUCGGAUUGGACGUUUAUAAUCCGACAAUUGGCUAAUGUUUAAAAUCCAAUCCGAAUCCGAUCCGAGUUUUGAUAAAGAAUUCCGAUCCGAAGAAUCCUUUAAUAAAAUAAAUUUCUCAUUCAAGUGGAAAUGUUUAACCAAAUAAUAAUUAUUAUAUACAAUUAAUUCAUUUUAUUUCGAAUAUCCGAUCCGACCACGAAACAACUUUAUCAAUCCGAUCCAAUCCGAAAUGAAUAUUUUUUGUACACCUCUACUCGCUAGUAUUCACUUCGUUAAAUACCAGUACUCAUUGAUAUUGGUGCCUGCGAGCAAAACGUCAGAACAUGCCUGGAAAAGUGCGUCACUUUUUAGGUUUAAAAACUCCUUUUUAGGUUUAAAAUCUCAUUAACGCCAAAUGCGACCAAAACGCCCCCUUUAAAUUAUUCAAUCGUAUUAAAUGCCGGGCAAUCUUAUAUUUGUAAAACUAUUCUCAUAUUCCCAUUUUUAAAGCCAGGCGCACAUUCUACGAUUCACGCAUGAGUUGGUUACGCUCUCAUGGUAUGUGACAUGCAGGCAUCAUCAUUAAAUAUCCUGCCAUUAAAAAUCAUGAAAGACUGGACUUGAAAAUAUUGAUAUUUGAGUCCUUGAUCAAACAGCUGCAAACGUCAUAAUGCAUCAGUCAAUGUAAACCCCCGGCCCCCUAACCCGGGGCAUUAGGCGGGGAUUAGAUAUUUUCGUUUCUAAUCAGAGCUAAUGCCCCGCCAUGUGGAGACAGUUAAAAUGGACAAAUGCCCCGGCCUGUGGGGCUUUCAGAACCUUUUAAACCAAAUUCAAUACAAAGUGAAAUGCAACACUGCAAUACCAAAAAGACAAUUUAGUAAACGUGCUUUAUAUACUAUUUAAAGCACGCGUAGGAGUGUUUUAUCAGAUAUAAAACGCGAGGCGCAGCCGAGCGUUUUAUAUCUGAUAAAACACUCCUACAAGUGCUUUAAAUGGCUUAAAAAACGACCCAUCUUCUGAUGAGUACAUUAGCGAAGUAAUUUUUAAAAUAAACUUUGUCUAAACCGAGAAAAUCAAAGCUAAAGUUUAUGUAUAAAUUAACAUGAUUUUUUUAUCACAUAUAAAGAUACGACACGCUUAUGAUUUUUCUUUGUGUUUUGCUCCUGAAUUAUUAAUGAGUUUCUUAAAUUCAUAUUAAAUAUGGUUAUAUUUUAAAGUUUAUAUGAAUUGCUUUUGUGUUUUUCUUGCCUAUUGCCAUAGUUAGAUCAUGAAUAUCGAAAUAUAUUUAAACUACCUUUCGAACAUGCUUCAACACUCAAUGCGUGCAUUGUUAUCAAAAUUUCCAUGUGUAUCACUGUCUUUAUUUGUUUUAAUACAAAUAUUAAAUAUUACAAUAUAUAACAAUAAAAAACAACGUUAAUACCAAGGUAUGCGUGAGCGAAGAAAGAUCAAAAUAUAUAAAAAAAUAUCGAAAAUAUCACACACAUGCAAACGUCAAGACAAAGCAUGUGGUUAAAGCGCUGAGCCAAAGCCAGUAUAAUAAGGGCUAUAGAUGAAGUAUAUACCUCAAAUCCAUGGUGUCAAAUCCCCGCCAAACGCCCCAGUAAUUCUAAACGAAGAUCUAAAUGAACCAAAUGCCCUGCUCAUGCUUAGGGGCAUUAAUAAACUGCAAACGCCCGGCUAAUCCCCGCAUAGCCCCGGGGUGGGGGGGGGUUACAUUGACUGGUGCAUAACGCAGAAAAUUCAUGGCGUGGUGUUUUCUAUAAUUUGGCAAAAUUAGUAUAUAGCAUGAUCAUGAACACCUAUAUUCUAAAUAUGGAUGAGAAUUAUUUGAAAAGUAAAUGAGUUAAGCAAAUCUUCUAUAUAAUAAAGACAACGAUUGAUUGUUUUUUUAUAAGAGACGUUCGUUUGUAUUCUGUUUAUACAUUGAAAAGUAUGGACAGAAACAAUCGAGCAUUCCUUACAAUGACUUCACCAAUAUAAUCACCUGAAGUUAAUUAGGUCCAAAUACACAAGGUUGGAAUUUAAUUAGGUUAGGUCUAAAAUGUAUAAAAGUUAUACCCGACGUCUCAAAAUCAUGAGCAUCAUAUUUCGGAUCUUUUCCUAGCCAAUUUUUGGCUCAGAGCGCAGGAAAACUUACGUAUGCGAAUUUAUAACAAUUUUAAUAAUACAACCAUCACCAAGAGCGCGAGCAUAUUUAAUUUAAUAAUGCGGGCCGAACGCUGAUAAGAAACGUCCGUCCGGCUUUUUUUUUUCAUUUGACCUUGACGCCAUUUGUUCCUUCAGACGAGAUAAAAGGUUCCUAAAGACAAAGGACAAUAGCGCAUGCAUACCUUAUGCAUGAUGUAUUUAAAUUCGCGCGAUAUUAGAAUUUUUGCAAAUCUAUAAGGUGUCUGAAAAAGCAAAACUGAGCCGCGCGAAUAAGUUAUAGCUGCAGUAACUGCAGACGAGAAGCACAAUAUUGAUUAUUGGGACCAUUGGAUUAGCCAUGCAUUACUCCAUUAGUGUCGUUGUUUGGCGUGGCUCCAUGAUUGAUUCUGUCUUGCUCAUAUCUUUUCGUUGAAUGAAGAGAUGAGCUUUUCUCGAGAUCCACUUGCGGCUCACCCGAAUUUUCAAUAUCCAUUGGCAUUGCCAAAUGUUGCCCAUCUUUAAGAGCAGAUUAUUUUGUAUGUUGCGCAACACGCGCGCUCAAAGCCAAUGCGCAAAAUGCCACUUGGCUUAUGACUGUAUUAACUUUAAAAACCUUUUUGUGAUAUAGCUACGUUUCUCAAAUGUUUCUCAAUGUUCAAAGUUCAAAGUAAUUUUCAGUCUACUUGCUAUAACGAUAUAUGACACCAAUUUUAAAUCAUGAUUAUAACAGUUGAAUUUCAAUUUACAUUUUGUGUAUUUCUAAAUGUUUCACAACCGCCAGAUGCAUUUGAAAAGGUGACUAAGUAGCUUACCUUUUAAACUAUAAAAUAAAACUAAAGCUAGCAAAGUAAUUUUGGAACAUAUAUGCCAACAAGAUUUUGGUUUUGAACGCUUUUUCAUCGCAAUCAUGCGCGACAUAAAGAAGUAUCAUCGAAGUGUAAAUUUGUAGUUUUGUUCCGCUACGAUUAAGCUGCACGAAAUCAGCACAACUCCGCCAAAAUUAGGCAUUUGGUGCGUGACAUCUAUGUGUGAAGACGUUUAAAAACCUUAUAAAAAUAUUUGCAUGAGUCGUUCUAUACCUCUAUAUACAGUUCCUGUUUUGAGAUAUGAUACCGAAAUUGGACAUAUAUACUGGUUUGUCAAUACAAACAUUGUGUGUACUUUAUCCACGCAAAGUGCUUAAUGGUUAAUACGUUCCUUCCUUUUGUUAAAUGACGUAUGAUUAUUCCACUUAUCUUUCAUCUUUUCAACGAAAUCUAAUUAAUUUAAUCAUCGCUCGAAACAUCUUACCCCGUCAAAUGCGGUUGACAGAAUUGCUACCAUAUAGCCAUAGGGCAUGAAGCUGCAAUAUUGAACCAACAUGGUCGAAGCCAAUUUUUCAACUGCAAUUCAAAAUUUCGUUGAUAAUUCACAAGUAUGGCGAGGCUCUUUACAUUUCUUUGUUUACGUAUCUACCGACGGUUUAGAUUGGAAAGUGAAAAAAAAAUAAUACACCUCGACUGUCUGACAAUUGGUACUAAAUUUUAAUACAUGACUAUCUAUAUGAUGACUGCUCGCUCAAGUAAACUCAUGGUGCAUGGGUCCCCCUACGUUGAAUAAAAUAUAAAAGAUGCCCCAGAUGGCAAACAGUAUUAUUAGGUCAGACCAGGGACGUAGCAAGACUUCGUUUGGGUUUUUUGGUGGGAGGUUGUAAAGAUGCAAAGGAGUUGCUAAAUUACUUUUUGCGUUACCUAAAAACAUUUUUUUAAAUUUAGUGUGGUUUUUUUCAUGUUUACAUUCAAGUAACAGGUGUAAAAUUAUAAAAGUUCGAAAGAAUAGAUUAGAACAAUAGGAUAUGGGGAUAAAAUUGCUAACUUUCUCUCCCUCUUAACUUCCGCAUUUGCCAGUUAAUGCUCUCGUAAUUUACCUAAAAAUCUGAAAGAAUCACCUAGAAAUUCACCUGAAAUUAUUCAUGAACUAAUAUUAUUAUUAUUGUGGGGGGGCUGUCGCUACGCAAUAUACUUAAACUGAUCCUGGUCCUAAUUGUUCUCAAAGUGCCUAGAGUAUGAUAGGCGCUGUGGACGAGGUUGAGCCGUUGGACCAAAAUGUUUACCAAUGAGAAUUUUCCAUCAAAUCUAUCUAAUAAUAGGUAUGUGUAACAACAGUGAUUAAUCUUCAUUGAUAUGCUUGUGCCUCUAUUGAUAGCUCGUCCUAUAUACUAACAGGAUAGCAUUUUGGCACGGAAACUAUUACUUACGUAUUGUACACGCCUAUAUGCACACAAUUUGGCAAUAUUGUACUUCAUUCUCGUUCUUCGCUCCAGGCAUUCCGGAUGGGUGAGGUGUUGUUGGACAUUUCAUGACGUCAUUACAACUAAAGAUUAAUACAUGAAUAUUUUCUUAAUUUGCAAAUCUAACCUUAUUAGCUGGUUUGAAAUGUUUAAUUCGUGGUGCAUACCUGAGAUUUCGUUCAUCAAUUAUAAAAAAGUGUGCUUGGUUCAGAUUAUCGUAAUUUUGUGGCACGCUAAAAUUCGUUGGCUGCGGUGGGGUUUUUUUAUGCGUGAGCAAUAAUGAUCUGGAGUUCACAGUCAAUACAUACAUUCCUGCUCUUGCAAAAAAUUUACAUAAGUAGCUACGAGAAAAAAGAAAAUGCGAAACUAAAAUUUCCUGUUAUACGGAAAUUCUGAGUCGCAUGUGAUAUGCGCACUUUAUAUUUGCAUAAUUAGUGUAUGCAGGGCAACACCGCGGAAAAAAAGUACACGCAUGUGCCAAACCUGAACAAUGGCGGCCAAUUGAAUCCAAUUUUCGAAACUAAGACAUGGCCAUUUACUCAUUCGAAAGUGAAAGUGUGAAACAGACAAAAGAAUAUAGAAGACGGUUAGACUAUAACAUUAAUUUUAAACCGUAAGAAGAAAUAGAAAUUAACCAAAACAUCUCAUGUUUGAACAGGUGGUAUAUAUCGAAAAAUUUAUAUCAAUCACCGAUAAGCAAAUUCUCAAGAGUAUAAUGCCAGGUCAUAAAUCAUCGAGGAAAUUAUGAAAAUGAAUUUGUUUCAACGCAAAAGUUGUUGACGCUACGCUAAAAAAGAUAUUGCAAAAAAAAAUAUGCCCGAACCUACGAGAAAAAAUGUCCUUGUAAAUGUACCAGCAGUCACCUUUGGUUCAUUUUCAUGCGUGAUACAUUUCUGAACUUUUAGACUAUAAUUAUUGGCAUCAACUAUUUCGCUGACCUCAGAAUGACAUUUCGUCAAACUUUUUUCUUCAAGAUUGGUUUAGAAACAAAUUUGGAGUAGGGUUACGGUUAGAGUAAGGAUUAGGGUUAGCCGGUUAGGGUUAGAGUUUGUGUUUGGAGUAGGGUUAGUGUUAGUAAAACCGUUGCUUUGUUACGUUUUGUCACUCUGAGGCCAGGGAAAUAACCUCUUCCAUAAUUAUUUAUAGGCAGACAAGAGAGUCACUCCGCCAUUUUGAGUCUACGACAAUCUUCGGAACACUUUGAUAUCACUUGACAUCAAGUUUGCAAUGCAAAUCCCAGUAAAAACGCACGCGCAGACGUAUUCCCGCGGUGUUACAAGGACAUAAUGUUACAGCCAAAUCGUAGUACUUGGAGAGACAAGUGUGGAAAAUAUCAUUGGCCUUUUGGCGAUUGUGGCUGUAAUAGAUAUUAUACAUCGCUAAAUAUAAAUCUGCGGUAGAAUAUUCUCUUGGCUAACAGCCAUAUUAGAUUGUUGUGUUCCUCCCAUGUCUCCUAAACUUUUUGACAUGGCCGGCAUAGGUGGCAGGGCGUAGUGUUAAGUCAUAGUGUAACUUGAUAGGAAAUACAACACGGCUGCAUUCAUGAAAUAUCUCUGUAGUGUGAAGCUGAAGCACGGCCACGGGGUAUAGGUAUAAAUAUUUGUAGUUGAACAGAAAGCAAUGAUGAUCCCUGUCGAAUUGGGCAUGGAAUAUUAAUUACACCGAUAAAAAAUUAUUGAAAUCAAGCUAAAAUCGAUUGUCACUAAAUAUAAAAUUUUUGUUGACAAAGCAAAUAUUUUUAAAAAAAUGCAUCAUAGCAGAUUAAAAGAUAAUGCCUUAUGGUAAAAUCAAUAUUUAGCGAAUUAAAAAGCCCAUAAUUAUAGUUCUCACUGCAAUUACGCAAGCAUAUUAAAGCUAGUCCAAGCAUAAAUAAGCUAAGGAUAUAAAAGGCAACGAUGUAUUUAGCUAUUUAAUAAAGUAGUAUAAUACUAAUAAUCUUUGUUGAAAGGUCUUGUAAGAUGGAAAUUAUCGAGUGUAAUUUUAUAUACAGCUAUUGUACCUGACCAGGAACAGCUGCGAAAAUUCAACUAUACGUCCCUGACAAGAGGGUGUUGAUGGGGUAUAUCGUGAGUCGUGAUUCACUCAAUAAUUUCGGUUCCGUCAGUCGUGAAAAUACCAAAAAUGUACCGUGAAGUGUGAGGGAAAAAAUACUGUUUGUCGUUUCAGAACACUUUUCAAAGAUUUACCGUUAAAAUACCAAAGUGUUACCGUUAAAAUACCAAAAUUUUUACCGUUUACUGAUUUUCAAACCCGCGCCCUUCUAGAUCCUCUGACAAGAAUCGAACUUGCGGUCCUGCGAUUCCAGUGCGCAGCGCUUUAACCAUGCUGAGCUGCAGAUGCCAGUUGUCGGGCUUUAACCACUGCACAAGUUCAUGUAUAUAUAUAUACUAGGGUACUGCCAUGUAUAGGGUAUAUGCAGUGAGAUGUCAAGAAAAUCUUAAUAAUAAUCUUAGUUUUCCUCCACAUUAAUUUAAAUUCCAAUCAAACGAGGAUGAGAGUUGGUAGUCACGUCCGUAUUGUUACAGGGGACAUUUCAAGCUCUAGAUUAACAAACUAAAACAGUAAAAGGUUUGAUACAUAGAUCAUAGUAGCUCGCUACAGCCUACAACGACAUAAACAUAAGGAUUAAGGAAAAGAACACAAUGCCAAUGGGAAAUUGUACUGGGACUGGGAAUGACAUAAAAAUCAAGGUAAUUUCCAAUAAUUUUGUAUAAACCAUAAUUCGGUUUAAUCGUUUUCAAAAAUUCUUAAGUCUGGUCAAACGCAUUGAUCGAGAGCAAAUUUAGUUCAAGUGAAUAGACGAUUGUUCUACACUGACACUGUACUUGGCAUAAUACUCACUUAUACUCCAAUCGUGAACCAAUCAUUUGAAUGUUCCAUGCGCAUGGUCUAAAUUCAAUGCAAACAUGCGUCCUGAGUAUUUUGACCUAAAAUCGUAAAAUAAAAAAAUUUAAAAAAAAUUUUGACUAGAAUUGACUCAAAUUUAUGAGCAAAUUUUUUAGUUAUUUCAAAUUUAGUCAUGAGUCAAAAUCUUUGUAGUGUUGCUUUGGAAAGGAAGGUUAUUUCGUUGGGCUCAGAGUCACAAAACGUAACAAAGUAACGGUUUUACUAACACUCACCUUGUUUCUAAACUAAUCUUGAAGAAAAAAGUUCUGACGAAUUAAAUGUCAUUCUGAGGUCAGCGAACUAACUUUUCCCUUUGCAAAUCCUAUAUUGUUUGUGUGACGUUUAUGCAAAGACAAGGGCCUUUGUGUUGCAUGUCGGAUGAAUAUCUCAUCAAACCUCAAUUAUCAAACAUGUUUUCAAUAUUCUGCGUGUUAUUUUACAACGUGGGUCCUUCGAGAUAUUUUUAAAUCCGUACAGAUGGGACAUUCUGAUGAAAGCCCGAAGGCGCAGAUGAAGUGUCACAAUUAUUUUUACAAUAUCGACCUUUUCUUUCUAAUCAAUUCACCGCAAACCACAAUUCAUUUAAACCGCGCGGAUAUAAACAAUCAAACAUUAUAACUAUUAAAUACGACAAUAAUAUUACAGCGUGGCUGAUGUGGUCGCGUGACUAAUACUGUAGAUUAUAACAAACUAAUAAUCAAAAUGAAGCUAAUUUGACUCACUAUUAAAUAUAAAUUAAUAAAAAAAUUCACAUGAAAAUCACAUUACUUGACAACACAGACUCGCAGUAACACACAACUGUCACAACACUUAUAAGCAAAUGAUCAUGACGGUUUUGUCAACACGAACGUCACCCGAACUUGGUGUAACUAAUUUUGGGGGUAUGUUGCAUCAUAGGGACAUAUAGCCUACCGUGUAGACCCCAGCAGAAACACGUGGGUCUACACCGUAGGCUAAGGGACAUGGCGCUCGUGUAAGGAAGCUAAAAGCUAUAAAAUUCUUAUGUUUUGUCAUAUGUUAUGCAAGGGUGGGUUGUAGCGAAGUAGUUGUAGUUCGCUACUGUAGCGAACUACAAUUUUCAAGUAUAGCCAGUAGUUUUUGACUACUUUUUUAAAACAGUAGUUGUAGUUAUAGCGAACUACAUUUUGCCUAAAGUAGCCAAGUAGUUGACUACUUUUCAAACAGCGAAUCGCUAUUCGCUACUUUUUAAAAUUGUUAGCAACUUGAUAGAAUAGCGCCAUGAUAUUGAAACACAGUUUGCUUAAAAUCAGUACUCAAUAGUCAAUUUGCACUCCUGAACACUGUAGUGCUUACAAAAAUGUUGCUUUGUGUUUACUGUUGGCUGUUUGUCGAUUUUUUAUAGAUUACAUUACAGCCUGAGUUAGUAGAUGCUCCAAAUACAGUAAAACUAAAAAAGAUAUAGCGUAGCGAAAUAGCGAAAUAGUUCGCUACAUUUUUUAAGCAGUAGCUGUAGUCAGUAGCGAACUACCUUUGUUCAAAAGUAGCAGUAGUUGUAGCUGACUACAUAUUUUUGAAGUAGCUGUAGUUAUAGCGAACUACAAAACUUUUGUAGUCAACCCACCCUUGAUGUUAUGACGAUUACCACAAACUAUAACCAAAAUACAGUUUUUAAUUCAGUCCCCCCUCGGCAAUCUUGACGAAAACGUCGCUUGCUCAUGUAUGAUAUAAACGGAUUUCUGGAACGAAAUUUACAAACCGCUAUGGACCAUGGUACUCUUAAGUGUACAUUGACAAAUAAUACGACUAUCUAAUAGCCUUUCUCACGGCCGAUUUUCUCGGCCCCAUUUUUAGGAUACUGGCUCUCCCAUGCUUGAGAGUCUUCGCACCACGAAAUACAAAUUUUUAGUAAUUGUAGUUAUUCGGUGUAAUGCCAAUAGAUUUACAGUUAGAACUUUUAAAAGUCGCUUUUUAUGUUGUUUGUAUUAUGAUUUGAUCAUGGUUUAUAUUUUGUUUCAAGUUUUAUUAAGACACUAUUUAUUAGACAUAUUGGACUAAUUAGUUUUAGCCUCGUUUUGUCUUGCUUCCAAAUUCUCUGUGACUGAUGAUUAUACUUAUAGUCAUGGAGUCAGAUUUUUGGAAGCAAGACAAAAUGAGGCUAUAUUUGGAUUCGGCGAGACUGCAAGCAUUUUGCUUAUAAAAAUUCCCCACAAAACCGUUUUUAAUAGUUAAUUCCUAAUUAUUAAAAGCAGUAAACUAAAAAAGGAGAAUAUAUAUUAAACCGAAAUAAAACUUGUCACUAUAUAUACAAACUAAAUGUAAUUUAGGGGAAAAUAGACAAUGUAAAUAUCUAUAAUUGGCGAAGUUAUAGUAACAUACAGCCAAUUCAGAAAUGGAUGUCCUUUGCAAACCUUAAACUCCAAGCGCGCAAAGCGUAUAACGGGAGCACAAGUUUCAAGCUUAGUUUAAUAUUGCAACUAUUUGUGAAUGAAUUGUCCUCGUAAGGAGAUAUUUACCAUGUCUCUAAGAAAUGGGCCAGUUUAGAGUUUAAGGUUUGCAAAGGACGACCUUUUUUCAAUUAGCUGCAUGUAUAUAUGCAAGAAAAACUAGCAAAAGAAACAAGAACGAAGAAAGCAUCACGGCAAAAAUUUAAUUAGGUCUAUUAAUUUCGCAACAACAUAGUCAGAUAGUCAUGACUGAGAAACUGCAUGAAUGCAUGCCAUGCAUUAUAAUCAUUGUUGAAUUGGAUGAAAAGUAAACAGGAAAAGUCUAUAUUUACAAUGAGUUUAGCACAAUUUAAUAUUUAUCCAACACAAAGAGCGGCUUCAGUCUUCCGACAAUAUUCAUUAAUUGUUAUUUGUUCUCCUAAUUUAUAUGUUAGCAUAUAAUAUUUGUUGUGUUUUGGCAUGAAUAUUGUUAGCAAUUAUAACCAAUUUGGCAAUUGUGUGCAUAACACUAUAACAGCUAUUGAUGCGUGGAUAUUUGCGAUAAAAAGCGUUCAAAACUUAAAAAGUAAAAUCGUUUUGGUGCAUGCAUGUAUAACCUCUCAAAAUUACCGUCUAGACUAUAGUUUUCGCUUUAUUCUCUAUACUUUUAGUUUAUACAAUUAGCUACCCUUUAUUAAACACAUGAAUCUGCAUGCCGGUUGAAAAGCAUAAAAUAAUACCUUGACUUCAGUCGUCUCAAAUCUCAGCAUGUUUACAGACUAUUGUCGCUGCGGCAAGGCGGCAAGUGACUUAAGUUUUCGGGUUUUGGUAGGUCACAAAUUGGAACAAUUCAUGUAAGCCUGUGGCUUGCCAUUAUUGGGAUAUCAAAAUGGUGGAAGAUAUUCGCAGAUCUCUUAAUUUAAAAUUAUAGGUAUUUUUUGCCUCUAAAUUGUACAUGCAACCCAACAUUCAACAAUUAUCCGCGAGAAAAACAAUCGUUUGUACAACUAAAUAAUCCAACAAAAGCCAUGCCGAAACGAAACAAACGUCGCCAACAAUGCAAUUUUACGAGUCCCUGAGUCAACAGAGCGGCAGAACUAUACAUCACCAAGUUGUUUUUUCAUACUUGUUAGUUUUUAGCGCGUGUUAUCUGACAUGCAAAAAAUCUGCUUGGAAACUCUCUCCUCCGCAGAGGCUUUAGUUGGCUAUGAUUAGGAUUAGUAUUGAAGAUGGAACCAGCGGCUCUGUUCGUGUUCCAAGAACCGCCUAUGGUGAAAUGUAUCUCAAAACUAAUCGCAAUCAUGCAUAGCCAACUAAAGCCUCUGCGGAGGAAAGAGGCUUGGAAACACUAGCUCGUGCGUGGUUGUUAUUCUACGCACAUGUGACCUAAUUUAAAAACCUAGUAACAUAACAUUGUCAUGAUAUUUUUUGUGUGUGUUUUGAUGUUAUGUACUCAGGUGAAUUAAUGUUUUUGAUGUCACUCUGAGUGUAUAUCGCGGGUUCGAUUCCCACCGUGGUUAGGCUAACUUUUCAGCCUGCCCGAUGUGGAUAUACACUCAGAGUAUAACAUCAAAAACAAUAACGUUGUCAUUUAAGCCCCGUUUACACUACGCUCAAUUUUUGGUACGGCACGGAUAAAAUUGGUACCCGUACCACUUUUUUGGUUCUUGGACUACCUAUAUUUUGAGCCCUGUUUACACUACACUCGAUUUUUGGUACCGUACCAAAUAGGUAGCCAAGAACCAAAAAAGUGGUACGGGUACCAAUUUUAUCCGUGCCGUGCCAAAAAUUGAGCGUAGUGUAAACGGUGCUUAAUGUAGCAAUAAUUGGUCUUUUCAGUCAUUCUCUACGUUUUAACUUGAACCAUUGGCAUUGCACAAUACUACUUUGCAACAUUGGUAUAACUUAUACUCCACCAUGAACUUAUACUCCACCUUCUAACAUAUCUGAAUAUUUUAUGUCUUUUAUAUGUAAAGGGUGCUUUUAUCAAUUGGGAUUUAUCCUGUUACGGCAUCCUAUCACUAUGUUUGUUACACUAUGUUAUGUAUGUGUAACAUUGUGACAAACUUAUUAAAUUACAUUAAUGCCAAUGGUAUGUUCAAUCGUUUAUUAAUAUUUAUCACAACUAAUCCCUAGCUCUCUUCUACUUCUAGUUCACAUAACAGAUUUAAGAGUGGUCAGGGUUCAACAAAGGCCUUUCGACAAGAAAUAUGAAUAUAUUUUCGAGGUAUGGUUAUUAUAGUAUUGCGAUAGUAUGUAUGAUAAUAAUUGGAACUGAAUAAGAUCCGAAGCCAAUUAACCAAAUGCGAAUACAUAUUUGAUUUUGAAAAUAACACGACAACUAUAAUUCUUAGUCCUAAGUAGAAAAUAUUUUUUCCUGAUGCAUUCAUAAGUAGCUCAUUAAUUUUUUAGUGUUUUGCCGGGUUGUGAGUGGGGGGAAAUUUUUAUAUUUCCACCUCUACGUGCGCAUUCGAAAGUUCUGGAGACAGAAUUCGGUAUCAAUUAUUAAUCAUCGACGAAAUUAUCGCGAGGCUUCAGGCAACGGCAGAAAGCAUGUCUGGACUUGCCCGAUGUCAAUGAGCCACAAACUAAGACAAGGUGGCCAUGUUUGGUCGUAAAAGAUAAUCCAAUAUUAUACUGUAUAUUCUAGGAUAAUCGUCUUUCAAUAAGCGGAUCGGUAAAGCAUUGUGGAAUAGACCACCCCAUCGAUAGCAGUGUCACUACUGUUUAUCAUCGCUUAAACCGUUGCUGGAAAAUUCUCUUUUGAACCAAACACUGCAUUUAUAUUGGUUUAUCUUCCAAUAGACACUUUUCGAAUUUACUGCCUGUUGGCAAUAACUUUAUUUACAAUGGAUAACAUUAGUCGCCUCGAUUUCAAGCUGUUGUUUCGUGUGCGCUCAAUUCUGAAGUGUCCGGUCUUUAUUAUUCGCCUCAGGCUCGACGAAGUCGAGGUGAAUAUUCCCCAAUAAUUACCGAGGCUGAGGCGAAUAAUUGUUUUAGUAUUUUUACACAGGUCUUUUGCGUUUUGGGGGACUGAAUUUAUUUUAAUUUUGCUUAUUUCUUUAUCAGUAACUCCCACAAAAUGUCUAGCCGCCAUUUUGCAAAUUUCGAUUUUGUUAUAUUCACCUGUAGGUGAAUAUAACAGCUUGAUACGUCAAAUUUGACCAAUGAACUUGUAGGAUUUGUAUAUAUUCACUUGUGCAAAAAUACUAAUGAUUUAUGUUCACUCUCAGUACUCUCAGUGGUUGUUAGACAACUCUGAGGUUUUCUCGGAAUCCCACUUGUGCAUGGAAAGAUGAAUUCCAAAAACACGCCAAGAAAAAAUCUCGCUCACAACACAUGCAACACUACGCAAAUAAUAUAACAUGCGCUGUCAGACUUUGUAGCGAGUUGAAUAUAAGAACAAAGUUGUUUUUUUAGGUAACGUGGUCGAAUGGCAAGGUGUUCAGAAUUCAUCGCGC